AUGAGACUCACAACUUGGAAUGUCAAUGGCAUUCGGAACCCCUUCUCAUACCCGCCAUGGAACAAUACAAGGAGCUUCAAGUCCAUGUUCGACAUCCUCGAAAGCGACAUCGUUGUAAUGCAAGAGCUGAAGAUACAGAAGAAGGAUCUACGCGAUGACAUGGUACUCGUGGACGGGUGGGAUUGCUACUUCAGUCUGCCAAAGUACAAGAAGGGAUACUCUGGUGUUGGCAUCUACACUCGCAAUGCAACGUGCGCGCCGAUCAGAGCGGAAGAAGGGCUGCUGGGAGUGUUGCAGUCUCCAUCGGGCACGCCAUAUCGAGAUCUACCAGAGAGCGAGAGCAUUGGCGGCUACCCGAGUGCGUUCCAAGUGGCGGAGCUCGGAGUGGACCCUGCUGCCUUGGAUGCGGAAGGACGAUGUGUGAUUGUCGAGUUCCCGGCAUUCGUGCUCUUCGGAGUAUAUGUUCCUGCCAACACCAGCGGCCUGCAAGAUGCCUUUCGAUCUGGCUUCUUUCUUGCACUGGACUGUCGAAUCAGGAAUCUCAUGAGACAAGGCAAGAGGGUUGUACUGGUGGGAGAUCUCAACGUGACCAGGCAUGAGAUCGAUUCGGCAGGCCAUUUGGAGGACAUCAGGAAGAGGAAUGCCACCCACGAGGACAUUGUGUCUGGGCCUAACAGGCGGAUAUUUAAUCAGCUGCUGACGGAUGGAGAGGUCAUUGGCGAGAGGGAUGAAGGCAGAGACGCUGGCGUGUUGUGGGACACGACUCGCGGCUUUCACCCAACGAGGAGAGGCAUGUACACGCACUGGGACACGAAGAAGAACGCUCGGCCCGGCAAUUCUGGGAGUCGCAUUGACUUCGUCCUCGUCGCCGAUGUGAUGCAGAGCUGGGUCAAGGAUGCCAACAUCCAAGAAGGUCUUCUGGGCUCGGAUCACUGUCCGGUGUACGCAGACUUUCACGAUGUCGUCGAUGAUCAUGGUAGGAAUGUCUCCUUGCUGGAGAUCAUGAACCCGCCAGGGGUGUUUGAAAAUGGCCAAAGAAAGGUCGAGUGGACUCUUCAGUCGACACCAGCCUUUUCUGCGAAACGCAUGCCAGAGUUCGACAAGAGGAGAAGUAUCAAGUCGAUGUUCGCAGCACCACCUGUGAAGAAGUUCGCUUCAUCUCAAUUGGAGAGGACGCCGUCCGGGAUUGAUCCUGCUGCGCAAGCAAAUGCCCCUUCCGCCGAUAUCUCACCGCACGAAGACAAAGCUGCAGCCUCACAGUCCGACGAGGCAAGACCUCCCACUAAGCGCAAAGCUUCGAUACCGUCCAAGGACCCCCUUCCCAGCAAGAAACAGAAGGACACGAAAGCUGCUCCAUCGAAAGGUCAAAAGAGUCUGAAGGGGUUCUUCUCUUCGAAAGCAUCACCAGUCAAGCCUGAUCUCCAGUCCCAGGAGUCAUCACAGAAAACUUCGAUUACAUCGCCGCCGGCCGAAGUCGCCCUUCCCCCGCCUCAGUCUCCCUCUACCACCUUUCCGUCGCAAGAGCCACCAUCUCCAACCGCGAGCGCAAGUCCCACUGCCGAUCAGGUCGCCACACAAAUCGCCUCCGCCGAACGCAGCCAGCGCUCCUGGGGUGCCCUCUUCACGAAGCCUCCCGCGCCACUGUGCGAGGGUCACGAAGAGCCUUGUAAGACAUUGCAAACAAAGAAGAAGGGCUCGAAUCAAGGGAGAAGCUUUUGGAUGUGCGCCAGGCCGCUGGGACCGAGCGGGGAGAAAGAGAAGGGAACAGAGUGGAGGUGUGGCACUUUCAUCUGGGCUUCCGACUUGAAGGGCGGCGGCGGUGGGUGA